UUCCUCUUACCUGUUCAACUCACAGCAGAACAAGGCUUCCUCCUGCAUUGCCUAGAGUUGACUUAUUAAACAGUGGCGUAUGCAGAAGACCAUCUGGUAAUCUUACUGCCGGUGUCUGGCUCUCUCUCCAGAACAGCAUGAUCCUCUCUGCUGCCAUCUUCAUCACCCUCAUAGGCCUGCUCAGUUACCUCCAUUUUGUGAAGAUUGAUCAGGAGACUCUGUUAAUCAUUGACUCCCUGGGCAUCCAGAUGACUUCAUCCUAUGCCUCUGGCAAAGAAAGCACCACCUUCAUUGAGAUGGGCAAGGUGAAGGAUGUUAUCAUUAAUGAGGCUAUUUAUAUGAAGGUGAUUUACUACCUCUGCAUUUUAUUGAACGACCCGAUGGAACCAAAUGGAAUAUCCCAAGUAGUACCUGUCUUCCAGAGUGCCAAGCCCCGGCUGGACUGCUUGAUUGAAGUGUACAGGAGCUGCCAGGAGAUCCUGGCACACGGGAAAGCCACAUCCACAAGCCCAUGAGCCCCAGCAUUCAGAAGGCCAGGCUGUCUUCCGUGGGAAAGGACUCCUAAGCCCUUGGGCUGGUGUUUUUUGCUGUAUUCAAACCAUCAUGUGAACACGGCCCUAGGAACCAGGAUGGAUGCAGUGGAUCUGAGAGCCACAGAGCAGGUGACUGGAACUCAGCUCACUGUGUGAUGUUGAGCAGAGUGUUCCGUAAGGUAUGUGUACGUUACCAACUGAGAGGAGACCGUAAGAAACGGGUUGUCAAAGGCCAUGUUGACAAAGAGCACUUUGCGAAUUUUCUAAGCACAUUCAAGUUGACUUUUUGUUGAAUUUUGUGGAGCAAGACAACGGGAAAUUGAUAUCAGAUCUCUUGAGAAAGACUAUUUCCAGCUAUAUAAAAAUUAAGAAAAUAGUCCAGCUCUUCAGGCACUGGGUUAGUGGGAAGAAAUGUCCCAUAAGACUAGACUCUGUCCCCCUAGCUCCUUUGUCUGUAUAGGGUUAAAUAUGAUGAAUCUCAAUAAACAGGUCUCCUUCCUAAACA